AUGGGGCAAGGGCAGGAUGAAGAGCAUGAUGAAAGACUUGUUCUCACUCCACGGGAUGUAGAAAACUUGUUGAAAGAUAUCAUCGGUAGAGUAAUAGAGCAACAAGGUCAAGAGACAACCAAAGAUUUCAACGAGCAAGGAAAGGAGAAAAAGGUGCCUCCUACAUCUAAGGGGUUGCCUUUUCUUGGUCACACCCUGUUAUGGUUCUAUUACAUGGCCAAGCCUGACCCACUUGCAUUUCUUCACAAAUACAUACUUCCGUAUGGGGAAAUGGUUACAUGCAGUAUGUUUGGAAGGCCAAUAGUGGUGUCUGUGGAUCCUGAAUUCAACAAGUUUGUUCUACAAAAUGAAGGAAGAUUGUUUAAAGCAAGUUACUUUAAAUCACUUCAUGAUCUAAUGGGUAUGCAUAGCAUGAUAUCAGUGACAGGAGAUCUGCACAGACAGCUCCAUGGAAGUGCUGUUAACUUACUCACCAAUGAAAAGUUGAGAAGAAAUUUCAUGCCUGCCAUUCAAGUUGUAUUCAAACAAACCAUGACAAAGUGGGAAGGAAGAGAAAUAGUUCUUCAACCAGAGUGCAAGAGGUUGGUUUUGAAUGUGAUGGCCGAGCACUUGCUCAAUGUGUCAAAAGACAUAGAAACAGAUGAGCUGUUUAGCCUCGUGACAGACUUCAUAAAUGGAAUUGUUUCAGUCCCAGUAGAGAUGUUAGGUUGUGGUUAUGCAAAAGGAUUGAGUGCCAGAAGGAUUUUGAGUAGCAAGUUUGACAAGCUCAUGGAUGAAAGGAAAAUAAAUCCUCGUGAUGAUUUGUUAUCUAAGCUUGUAAAUGAGGAGAAUCUUCCAAAGGAGAUUGUGACUGAUUUUCUUUUAAUUUUACUGGUUGCAAGCUAUGAGACUGCAUCUAGAACAAUGGCCAUAGCUAUUCAUUUCCUUUCUCAAUCAAAAGAAGCCUUAGGCCAACUCACGGAGGAGCAUGAAACAAUCCAAAAACACAAGGGAGAUGAGAAACUUCAGUGGGAAGACUAUAAAAAGAUGAAAUUCACUCAAUGUGUUAUAAAUGAAGCGCUUCGACUGUCAAGCAUAGCCGUGGGGCUUGUAAGAGAAACAACAGAAGACGUUAAAGCUAAAGGUGGCUAUGUGAUACCUAAAGGAUGGGGAGUAAUGAUAUUUUUCUACGCAGUCCAUAUGAAUGGAAAAUUCUUUAACGAUCCUCUCAAAUUCAAUCCCUGGCGUUGGCAAGGAAAGGAUAAAGAAGAACUACUGUGGAAGAACUAUGAUAUGCGAUUUUCCCCCUUUGGAGGAGGAAGACGGUUAUGUCCAGGAGCUGACUUGGCUAGAAUAAGCAUCUCCUUUUUCCUUCACUACUUUGUAACAAAGUUUAGGUGGGAGAUUGUUAAAGAGGGGAGGAUCACUUUCUUUCCUAUUCCUCACAUAGAAGGUGGUUUGCCCAUUCGUCUGUUUGCCAAGAGCCCAACUUCCCUGGAAUAA